GCCGGUGAACGUGCAGGCGUAUGGUGGUCGCGGCGAAGCCGGAACUUUCGAUGCCGAAUCAGCCGCAUCAAUUUCAGAUGUCGGCUCCGAGUGCUCAAAUGUUGCAGCAGAUGCCACAGCAGAUACCUCAGCAGGUGCCUCAGCCGCAGCAGAUGCAACAGCAGCAGCAGCAGAUGCAGCUGCAAAUGCAACAGCAGAUGCCGCAGCAAAUGCAGCAGCAGAUGCCGCAGCAAAUGCAGCAGCAGAUGCCGCAGCAGCAGUUUCCACAAUUCCAGCAAAUCUCUCAGCUGCAGCAAGGUCAGCAGCCAAACUUCCAGCAAUUUGUCAACCAAGGCCCGCAAGCGCAGCGCCAGGAUCAAAUGCAGCAAAUGCAGCAAAUGCAGAUGCAGCAGAUGCAAAUGCAGCAAAUGCAGCCGAGGCAGCAGAUGCAAUCACAACCUCAAAUGCAACAGCAAUUUCAGCCGCAAUUUCAGCAGCAGUUUCAACAGCUGCAGCAGGUGCCGCAGCUACAGCAAUUUCAGUUGCAAAGUCAAUUGCAGCAGCAGCACCUUCAGCAACUGAACCCGCCGCUGGAGAACUCAAGCAGCGAGCAGGACCAAGACGAGGAGGAUUUCCAAUCCAUCGACGACGACCACGACAGGGAGCUGAGCCAGGCGGAGGUGGUUGACAAGAAGAAGACAAGCAAAUCCAAGGCGGCGAACCUGCGCCUGGCGCAGCCACUGCCAGUGGGCCCGCAGAACCCUUCCCAGACCAAAGGAAGUACGGUGGAAGAGCUUCUUGCGAAGGUGCCCCUCAACGAUGAAGGUGAGAGGAGUUCCAUUGGCAGCCUGCAGCACCCGGACACCUGCUCGCCCUGCUUGUUCUGGUUCAAAGGCAAAUGCGGCAAAGGAGUUCGUUGCGACUACUGCCACUUCAAACAUCCAGGACAGAAGAAUAAGCGGAUUCGGCCCUCCAAGAACACCCGCCUUCAGAUGCGCGCAACGCUGAAGGAUGGAGAGGAAGAGUAGGCCGAGGAUGGGAGUUGUGAAUAGCAGAAUGUUCAGUGAAGACAGGUUUCCGAAUCUCGCUAUUCUUCAGACUAUCUGGAAGCCUGUGAGCAGGUGCCUGGGAGAGGAAUCAAUUUUCGACUCUUUCUCACUCCGGUUUCACCAUGCUGCGUAGAUCCGAGGCAGCAUGUUUGGAGUCGGCGAAAGGGUUUAACAAAGUCAGAAACUGGGGUUGUUUCCUUUCAACCUUCCACCAAGAGGGUGGAAUGGUGGGGCCAGUAUGGUGAAAGUUUUCCCAGCUCGGACGUGCGGCCCGCAGCCAUUGCC